AUGUCGGGGCUGUCGCGGGGCACAGGGGGAGUCGCGCAGGGUCCAAAACACACCGGCUGUCUGUCGACCACCACCACCUCCGCAGACCCGCCUGACUUUCCAACCACCACCACCACGCUUUUUUGGAAGUUUUAAUUUUUUUAAACGACUUUUCCCUCGCCGUGUGCGGUGGCUGCAAAGAUGACGACAGCCGUGGUGUCGCCUUUCUUCGACUUGGAAGCCAUGAACAAGAACAACAAACUUCUGGGCUACAACAGCAACCUGGGCGCCAGCCAUCACAUGUCGGUGGCCUGCACUGGUCCCACCGGGCCCAUCUCCAGCCCCGCCGGAGCCCUGCUGGACAGGAAGGCGGUGGGCUCCCCCUCGGUGGGCGGCGUGUACCAGCGGCGGCACUCGGUCAGCAGCAGCAGCAGCAGCAGCAAGUUCAGCCAGAACCAGUUCCUCAACUCCCUCAAGGCAGCGGACCAUUCCUCGCUCAUCUCAGGGGUCAACAAGGAGAACCGGCUGCGGGACCGCUCCUUCUCCGAGACGGGGGAGCGGCUCCUCAGCAAGUGCCUGGGCCCGGCCAGUCCCACGGGCGGCAGCAGCGGCGGCGGCCAGGUCAACUCCAGCCGCUACAAGACGGAGCUGUGCCGGCCCUUCGAGGAGAACGGCUCCUGCAAGUACGGCGACAAGUGCCAGUUCGCCCACGGCAUCCACGAACUGCGCAGCCUGAGCCGCCACCCCAAGUACAAGACGGAGCUGUGCCGCACCUUCCACACCAUCGGCUUCUGCCCCUACGGCCCGCGCUGCCACUUCAUCCACAACGCCGAGGAGCGGCGGGGCCCCCCGCAGCAGGCCUCGCCCGGCAAGACGGAGCGGCCUCGGCUGCAGCACAGCUACAGCUUCGCCGGCUUCUCCAGCUCGGGCGGGCUGCGCGACAGCCCCACCUCCGUCACCCCGCCGCCCAUCUUCUUCCCGGACGAGGUGCAGGACUGGCCCAGCAGCAACCCCUUCACCUACUCCAGCCAGGAGCUGGCCAACCUCUUCGGGCCCAGCCUGGGGAGCGCGCCCGCGGAGGCCGGCACCCCGGCGCCCCCCUCCCCCACCGGCACGCCCUACUAUUUUCGACCCAUGUUGGAGUCCCCCCAGAUGCUGGAGUCGCCCUGCAGCCCGCCGGACUCCCUCUCGGACCAGGAGGGCUACCAGAGCAGCUCCGGGGGCAGCCUGAGCGGCUCCGAGUCCCCCUCGCUGGACAACAGCCGCCGCCUGCCCAUCUUCAGCCGCCUGUCCAUCUCCGAUGACUAGAUUGCACCGCAGUGACUUUCAUUUCCAAAAUAAGAUCGCGGCACUCCCCCUCUACCUCUGCCCCCCCCCCUCUCUCCUCCCUCCCUCAUGUAAGGAUGUAGUCAAGUAAGGGAACUAUCACCUCUCAUCAUUUCAUCCGACCUGCACACACACACACACACACACACACACACACGUGUCCCGGUGCCAAAACAAAAACACCAUGUGCCACUUGUUUAUUUUUCUUCUAAUUUUCCUCUUGAAUGUGUAGCAGCACAAGUGGCCUUGGAAAAACAAGGGGUGUGCACUGCACUGGCCCCCCUCCCCUCCUGAAACCACUUCCCCUGAGCGAGACGUAGGUUCUUUCUUUUUUACAGCUAGUUUUGAGCAAAGCCUGAACGGAUAGGACUAGUUUUUUAAAGACGGUAGACAAGUGCCUGGGGUGGUUGCUGCAUGUGUCUGAGGUGAAUGGACUACUGUGUGAUUCCCCGGCCCCUCCUCCUCCUCCCCGCCGCGGCUCUCCUCUGGUCUUAUGUAACGCUGGACUGGGUGAGUCUGCAGGAUGGACUUUGAACUGGAAGUUCUCCCCCUGUUGCUGGUCACUGGCGCUCCUGUUCGGCUGGAGCCAAAGUGUCACGAAACCACCAGAUUUGCUUUGCUCCUCUCCCCACGACUCCCAUGGUGCAGUUGGACGUCCUGCGACUUGACUAGGUUGGAUCUCCCCGUCUGUUUCCAAGCUGCUCCCCGGAGCCUCACAUCCCGUUUUGCUUUAUUUGAUAAUUAUUUUGUAUUAAUGUUAUUAUUACGGUUAUUAUUAUUAUUGUUUGAAAAAAAAAAACUUUCCAGACAGAAGGUUUGCUUGUCACUGCUUAUUUAACUUAUCAGAACGUAUUUAUUGGUGAUCAUAUGCAUUUUUUUGUUAAUUUUUUUUUGUAUUUAUCUGGAUAAUGAACAAUAGAAUAUAUUUUCUUUUUAUGUUAAAUUAUGAUCUUCCUUAUUAAUCUAAAGAUUGUGAAGACAUGUUGUCAGUUUUUCCUUUUUUUUCACAGUUUAAUAUAUUGUACUUUAUUGACUUUUGUUCUGCAACUACACUUUGUCAAAUGAAACUUAAUUUAAAGCAAAAAAAAAAAAUGCAAAAAAACCCUUUUGCGUUUUGAUUAUUUAUUAUUUUUCAUACUCCCUGUUAUUGGACUGCAAUUCCGUUGCUUGUUUUCUCUCCACCGGGCCCCAGGAAUCUGGCUUGAUAGUUUGACUCGAGUGUUCUCACAGCAGAGGUGGUUAAGGUCCUCGCACAUGGCUGGGUUGGUCGGAGGAGUCUGGUGCGCCCACUCUGUUCUUCUAAGCAAUAGCUGUGACCAAAUGGCUGGAGGAAAGUUUGUUUUUCGUUCUCGCACCGUUGGGUUUGGCCUGAUGCACUUGCUCGCCCCCUCUUGACCAGUGGAAGUGCCUCCUUGAAUACAUUCCAGGUAGCUAAGGCUUUUUUUUUUUUUUAUUUGAUAAUAGAGCACGAACAUCAAGAAAUCUGUUCUGUGUUGGAGAGAAAGAGGUGAAGAGUUUGACACAAAGAAAGUACAAACUGUUGAAUGUAUUUUUUUUUCCUUUAUUUUCAGCCAUUUUUGUUUCACUACAGUAAAUUCUGUGAGUUUAUAAUGAAUCUGUCUUUCUGGUUUUUGUAAGUAUUGAUUGCAAUUAAGUCAAUAAACCCCGUAUUUUUGGAAAA